CUUAUUAACCGAUAAAUAUCACAUUUUUUUCGAUGAAUUCCAACAUCGAACCACAACAUGACCCACCUCCGGCAUCGUCACCAGAUGAUGUUAUAAAUAAGUUGGAUGAAAUUCACCUGGAUUCCAACAACACAAUAGAAGAUGAGGAUACUCCUAUGACAGAAGCAUCCGAUAAGGUCACUGAGGCCUCGGUCGACAUUCCCAUGUCGCCUGCAGAAAACCUCAAGCACCUUCAAGAACUUAAGGCUCGUCUCUGCGUUGUUGCAAAGAACUUGAACACUCAGUUUGAACAAGCCCUUCUUGACAAUGACGAUGUUGCUCUUGAGACCAGCUCAAAAAAGCUGUCCUCUGUUGAAGAGCGCAUCAGAAGUCUUACGUCUCUGAUUGAAUCUGAGUCUAAGCUUAUUCAGGAGCCAACAACCACCAACCCAGCUGUCUCUUACAACAUCAACAACAGGUAUAUUCCCAGUAAGAAGCUGCCUAAGUUCAACGUUGAUCCUACCGCCAGUGCAUUAUAUCAACUUACUCAUCGUGACGGUAAAAAUAAGAAUAGUUCUUCUAAUGAGCCAUCUUUGGAAAUGUUCUUGAGAGAGUUCGAAAGACUCUUUAGGGAUUAUAAUGUUUCUAUUGAUGAGAAUUGGUUAACUCACUUGCAAGUCUG